CUCUUAGUCAGUCAGCUCAGCUCAACGGGAUCAUCAUCCGUCGUCGACGGCGAUCGGAACCAAAGAGAAAGCCAUGAUCUUCGUCGAUGGCAACCCGUUUCCCGCCACUUCUUCGCGUCAGGGGAAGGAAGUUAUGUUCGGAUUGAUGGAGCAUCCGGCGGUGGUCGCAGCCUCCGAUGCAUUCAAGUCUUUUCCGGAGAGGAAAUUCUCGGUUUUGGAGGAUCCUGGAUUGCAGGAUCGUAGAUGGGUUUAUCUCUUCCAGAGAGAAUACGCCACUGUUGACCCUUCACUUGUGGAGUUCAUUGGCACUGAUGAAGCAACAACUUGUGUAGGUGUUGUCAUCCGAAACCAGAAAAAUGGAAUGAUAUCAGUUACGCAUAUGGAUUCCCCAAAAGUUGUCUCGAUUGGCCUUAAACAAAUGUUGUUACAACUUGCUGCCCACGAUUCUGAUGCUGAGUAUGAUGUCCACAUAGUUGGUGCAUUUGAUGAUGUUACGCCCAAUUAUGCUAGCAGCCCCUCUACAACUAAGCAAUCAUCAAAAUUGGAUGGUUAUUCUCUCCCUUUGUGUACCAAAGUAGUUGAAGCACUAGGAAAGAGGCAGGAGAGGUUUCACAUGAGAACUCUCUUCAUUCUUGGUCAUAAUACAAAGUGGGAUGCACAAAACAUUGCAUAUCCAAUUUUUAACGGACUGCUGGUUGAAACAUCCACAGGGUCUGUUUUUCCAGCCUGCUUUGAUAGAACUACAAGAUGCCCAGAUGAAGUUGUGAGAAGAAUUCGAGUGUCAGCAUCAUACGAGGAUCCGACUUGGAAGGGAAAAUUAUUGGACACAUAUGAUACUCGAACUGAUCAGUUUGUGAUUGCUCCGUGUUCUUGGAGCUUUUACCAACUCAAUGUUGCCUUUGCUCUACAAAAUCUGUCCGAUGAAGAGAUCCUUCUUCAGUGCUCCACCUCACCUUCUGCUGAAGGCCCAGAUUUUGUGAAUAACUUGAAAAGACAGUGGGAGUAUCUAUUCAGACACCCAAAAUGGCAAGAGACAUUUCCCAGACGACAAGCCCGAGUAUUCGUCAGGAGUGCCAAUGGUAACUGGGAUUUGCUGCCCCUGUCAGAGAAGGAUGCUUUUGAUCAUGUUUCUGGUAUAUGAUCACAAUAUCUUUGAUUGAGUUAUGAGAAUGAGGUUGACUUGCACUAAUCGCGCAUAUUUAUUUAUUUCUGAUGCUAUUGAAUGUGAUGUAUUUACAUGGUCAGUAUGUAUUUGGUAGUGAUGUUCAUAACAAUGUAGAGCAAAGAUAACUUUCAAAUACUUAAUACCAAGGUAUAAAGUAUUUGAAAACUCUGGUCUUUUGUACUGUUUCUGACACAAUCCCGUGUGUAUCAAGGCAAUGAAUCAAAUAGUAGAAUGUAUUGCAAAGAUAAUAUUUACUUACAAAUUGGGCACCCAAAGAUAAUAAAAAAAACAUUCACAGGGAGUACUUACUAGAUGUUUCAGAAGGAAAUAAUAGGUACAAAGAAAAAAACUGAAUUCAUACCAAAAUGAAAAUUUUCCUUUUUGAUAAACGGAUCAAUUGAAAGUUGUUUCCUUUUCUUUUUUUCCUUGCCCUCCACGCAACUAACCAAUCAAAGUUCCUGCUACUAUGCCUCCUCGUAAUAGUUCGUCUCCAGAUCCUGAGCGGUCUUCUUGGGCAGGAUGCCGCCCCACUCCCCCCAGCUCCGGAUGGCGUCUCCGGCGCGAUUCCUCACCGCCGACAGCGAGUUGGAGAGUGUCCUCCCGAGGACGCCCUGCUCGCCGCCUCCGCCGGGUUGGGAGACCGGGAGGGCGGCGGAUCGGCUCUUCUGGAAGCCUAGGACGAAGGAACUCAUUUUUUUUAGAGGUGUUGAAAAAAUGAAAUGAAAGGGAAUGGAAUUGAAUUAAAUUGAAUGUUGGAAAGAUGUGAAGAAAUGGAGUUAUG